UUACAAAAAAUAGAAAAUGAAUAAUUCUCAUUCAAUAUUUUAUUCCUGUAUUAAAAAUGAAUAUAAAAUAAAAGCGGCUUUAAUAGUGCGCUCUAUUUGAUGGCGCAAUAUAUACCAAUUUUGUUGUGCUGAUUACUCUUGCUUUAAAUAUUGUCUGUUCAACUGUUGAUAACAUCACAUAUUUUAGUUUAAAAUUUAAUCGUUAUAGCGUGCAGUGGUAAUCUUUUAUAUAUAUGUAUAUAUAGUAUAGGAUAUCUAUGUAGUUACAUUUAUUUUACGUACAAUUUUAAUAAUUUGUUGAUUAAUCGUGAUAAAUAUUUAACAAAUUAUUGUUUGUGUUUUAUCACAUAGAUUAAAUUUAAUAUAAGCGUAAAAGCUAUGGAUCAAUAUUUAGAAAUUUUGAAUGGUUACAUUUACGACGAUGAUAAAGUGGUUACAUACAAAUGGCUAAGCAAAGAAUUGGAGGUCCAUGUAAAUAUAGCAAAACAAGUCUUAUGGGAAUUUUGGCAGAAACAUCAAAAAGAAGAUAACAUUACAUCCACUGUCAUGUUGAUUGGUUAUUUAAAAUCCGGUGGUAUGCGGGUAGAAGUUGUUAAACAAUCAAAUUUGGAUACAGCCAAAGAUAAAUUUAAUAAAAUAAUAUCGGAACAUUUAUACAGUAUACAAAAAUCUAUACCUGACUUAGAAUUUCUGUUUAUAAAUGAUGAAGGAGACGUCAGGUUUAGUGCUAUUAAAUGUAACGAAAGUAUUGAACGUAGUGAUGAAGAAUUGUCUACUUUAAGAUGGGGAUCACUUUUCAAAGAUCGUCCUGUUUCAAAAAUAAAUAAUGUAAAAUCUCCAGAUAAUAAACCCGAAGAAGUCAAGAUUUCUGAAACAAUUAAACAUAAUAAUAAUCAGACAAGUAGAAAAUCAACGGAUAAGAAAACUGUUCCCGUGUCGCAAAAAACUGGCUUCAAUAAUCUUUUUGGAAGGGCCACUAAUAAGGAAAAUAAUGUUAAACCAUCGACUUCGAAAGAUAUUAAAAAUAAUAAAGAAAUAACUCCUGAAAAGACAUCCGUUGAUAAAUCAAAGUCAUCUUCUAAAGAAAAUCAAUUUGUCAAGAAGGAAGAGAAGAAAGGUAUUUCUAGUUAUUUUGGAAAAAAUGCAAAUGUUAUACAAGAUUCUCCUAAGGAAAAAGAAACAAAAAAGGGACAAACGAAAGAAAAUCAUAAUGUGAAAGAUGAUAUAGAAGAUAAUACAGAGAUAGAAGUUAUUCCUAAUAAAAGUAAUAAUAAAAAUAAUAAUAAAAGUAAUAAUAAAACUGUAAAAGAAAAACGUGGAACAAAACGAAAUCGUAGCAAGGAAUCUAAAAAUAAGACAAUUAAAAAACGAAAACGUAUAAUCGUAGACGAUUCGAGUGAUUCUCAAAGCGAAGAUGAGCAUGUAAUAUCAGAAUCAGAACCAGAAGUUGAGGAAAUAAUUAGUUCAGAUCAUUUAAAGAAAUCUCCUUCUCCUCCUCCUAUGAUAAAUAAUAAUGGUAAAGCAAGAAUUCUUAAAGUUGUUGAUCGUACUUACGAAGAAGAUGGUUUUCUAGUAACUAAAAAAGAACACGUAUAUGAAACUUGUUCAGAAGAUACGACAGAAAUCAAAGAAAAAGAAGAACGUAAAAAUGUUGCUAAAGUAGAGACCAAGAAGAAACAAACUACGUUAAUGAGUUUCUUUAAAAGAUCUUAAUGUACAUAAUGAGUUUAUAUAUAUAUAGGUACAGAAGCUAUUAUU